AUUGACAAGUAUGCUCAGCGGGAUCUGAAGAAAGGGCUUCAUUUGUACGGGACAGAUGGAAAUAUUGGCCUAACUAAUGCGUGGAGCAUCAUUCAAACAGAUUUCAGAUGCUGUGGAGUCUCCAACUACACUGACUGGUUUGAAGUGUACAAUACAACCCGGGUGCCGGACUCCUGCUGCUUAGAGUUCAGCGAGAACUGUGGACUCCAUUCCCCAGGGACCUGGUGGAAAGCGCCUUGCUACGAAACAGUGAAAAUAUGGCUCCAGGAAAACUUACUAGCAGUGGGAAUCUUUGGAUUGUGCACAGCUAUGGUGCAGAUUCUCGGACUCACCUUUGCAAUGACCAUGUAUUGUCAGGUAGUCAAGGCAGACACCUACUGUGCGUAGAUAACUAUUCCCAAUCUUUUUGCUCCUCCUCCAAAGGACACAGGAGAAAUCUCCUUCAUGCUCAUUCAUCUGACCUUCCCCCCCCUUUGUACUAUAAACUGUGUAUAAUGCUAUCUUUCUGAAGAUUUUGUGAAUCACCCCACUUUACUGAAGGAGGAAGAAAAGAAAAAGUCAGUACUUGAACUGGCGCAGGUAAGAAGCAGCCUUGUCUUUAACAGAAGAAAACCUCCCAAGAGCAAUGUUUCCUUUUCCAUGGCCCACGGAAAGGCAAAGGAGGCGCUUAUGAGGGGGCUGAUCUGCAAACCGACGUUAGGAAAAGAUUGCACUGAGGCAACCGCUGCGAAACCUGCCGGGUUGCCUUCCCGCAUUUCACGGUCUGGAAGAGAAGGCAUAGAAAAUGAGUAUUCUUCAGCAUGGAAGGAAGGUACAGAGUAGCUAGCACUGAAUGCAACUGUAAUUUUGCUACAGUUUGCACACAGCUAAAAUGUCAAGAUCAAGCAGCCCUGCCUCCAAGCGUCUCAAGAUGAUUUUGUAGCCAGGAGAGGAUCAUCUUCAGAAAUAUGUUCUUUUAAAGGAGUAUUUUUAAUCUUAUGCGCUGCAAAGUCAGGCUUUUAAUCAGAAUCUGUACAGUGAGAUCUGGCUGUUAAGGGAAAACAAUAUUGGACGUUGUCUCACUUAUUAAUUGCCAGUGGCAUAUACAUGGUUGACUGUAUAUGUAAUAUAUAUUACUUCAUAUACACAUACUGUUCUGAAAGGAGGUUAAAACACCCAGCAUCUAACCUCAGAAAGAGGGAACCUUUCUCUCCCAUUUUACAUUCCAACCGAAAUAAUCGAGUAUUAUUUCUUGUAGGAGGCACUAUCACUUAUGCCUCUGGGAAACAAAUAAUUACAUUCAGCUGUAUCUCCACUUCAGUAAACAACUUGUGAGUGGGCUC